AUGGCCAUCGGCGGGCUCCGCCCAACGGGUAUUUCCCCUCUCGAUCGCUCCCGUCGUCACCAGACUGCCAGACUUCACAGUCCAACUCGAGGCCGUUUCUCGGCAUUCACCUCCGGCCCCGUCGCGGGCGGCAUGUGCGUCGUUUUCCUGUACGUUCGGACCCCGAAGCGACCCGGCGAGGAGGCCAUCGACUGCCCCUACGCCGCCGUCGUCGCCGUGAACCGCGAUGAGUCGUACACGCGCGAUACCGCGCGCCUCCACUGGUGGCCUCAGGACGCGACGGCCGAUCCGAGGGAGUGCGCGCGCGACUGGCAGAUACUCGCGGGGAGGGACCGGGAGGGAGGGGGGACGUGGUGCGGGGUGAGCCGCGACGGGCGCGUCGCGGUGCUCACGAACGUCGCGGAGGCGUCCGCGAAGUUCGCGACGGGGGAAGCGCCGAGCAGGGGCGAGCUACCGGUGGCGUUCCUGGAGGCGAGUGGGCACCUUUCAAAUCUUCCCCGUCGAAUCGAUCAUUCACCGUCCACCCACCCACCCGCGCCUGAACCGUCCAACCGCCGUCCCUCUUCGCAGGAGAAACACCCGCGUCGACCCCCCGCGCGAUGGCUCGCGGACGUCGCCGCGAAGGCGCACGCGUACAACGGCUUCAACCUCGUCGUCGGCGAUUCCAGGACCGGCGAGUUCGCUCACCUCACCAACCGCGGCGACGACCCGGGGGUCGUCACCCGGCUGGACGAAGACGGCCCGACGCGGUGCGCGCAGGGGUUCGUGCACGGACUCAGCAACGCCGGUUUGAACACCCCGUGGCCGAAGGUGCGUCUGGGGUGUCAACGAAUGCGUCAGCAGAUGGAACGCGUCGUGGGUAGCGGCGUCUUCGUCGAAGACGGCGUCGAGAAACGAUUACUCGGGUUAGCGGCUAAGCGAUCGGCGCUCCCGUGCGCGCUCAUCACCGACGUGCUGCAGUGCCCCGGAGGUGGCGUGGACGCGUGGGGAAGUAAGGGGUGGUACUCGCGGUCGUACUGGGGCGACGGUCACGAGAUGAACCCGCCGCCGGCGCUCGACCAAUCGGAACGCGCGUUCGUUAAACCCGGCGCCGCGCCCGGACGACCCGAGUACGGCACCCGAUGCAGCACCGCGAUCACGAUGCGAGGCGACUCGCCGGGUGGGGAGAUCAACGUGGUCGAGCGGAGUUUGGAGUGGGACGAACGGGAGUGGGUGGAGACGGCGGUGGCGUUCGAUAGGGUCCCGCCGCCGCCGGUGCCGGCGGAUCCAUCCGCGGGGCGCCGGGAGCCCGACGGGACUUUCCUUCACACCGCUCUGGACGACGGGUGGUGA